UACUAAAAUAGCAAAGGACCUCGACUGCAGGAGCAACGACAAACCAACGCUGCAAAGGAACAAGUCACAUCAGUUGAAUCAUUUGAAGAUGAUGCGAUCUCUGUUUCUGUGUCUGCUGCUACUGCUGCCAGCUGCCACCGCUUCUUCAUACGAUGAGGAAGGAUCGGGCAGCUUUGAGACAGACGAAGAAGAGGAGGAUAUCAUGAGGGAAGUCUCUUCACACAACACUAAUGUGAAUGCAGAUAAAACCACAGCUGAGGAUGAAUCAACAGGUCAGAUGACUCUUAUCAUCGUCGUCGUGGGUGCCACCGUGUUGACUCUUACCAUCGCAGCAAUAGCCACUGUAAUGAUAGUUAAACGGCAUCUGAGACUUCGGCAGCAAGCGAUUUACUCUGUGCCCACAGAGCAGAACCAGAAAGAGGCCAUCUAGUUCCUGGCAGCACAGCAGCUGUUUGCCUCGAAGCCAAGAGAGGCGCAAAGGUUCAGGCUAUGUGAUCUUCCACUCGGACUCAGGACAGUUAAAUUGAUUUGCACAACAGCCUGUUUCUCACUGCUCAUUCUGUUGCUCACUCCCACACACAAUGUCUUGGACGUGUCAUUGUAUGCAGUAAUGUCUUUCCUAUUUGCAGUUGCACUUUUAUAAAGAUCUUUUGUUGUUUUAUUUGUCUCGACCACAUGCACACAGUUUGGCCUUGGCUUUUUGGAACACAUUCAAACCUUCUAACUGGUUUCUAUUUGAAGAGUCCAAAUUAAAGACGGUGCACAUGGCUUAAGGCUUCUUUAGUUAAAAUGGAUAAAUUAGCAUAGAUACAUUUAUUUUUUAUGGCCUGCAGGAUAUGUUUUGGACCAGCCAUGCAGCUGUAUUUUCAUUUGAAUUUGGUGCAUGUGAAACAGACCUGUCUCUGAAAUGAUCGUUAAGUGAGUCAAACCGUGCUAAUCCACACUAAGCCUGCGGAGCGCUCACUUAUUUUCCUAUUCACGUGUCUGACAUCCUCUGUUCCUGGCCCUAUGGGAGAACGACAGUAGGAGGCAGAGUUGGAAGAGGCAAUACCUUUACUCCAUCUUUUCAAUCGUUAUGAAAAAGAAACAAUACCAGCUGAGUACACCUUUCAAUCACCAUGAAUGUUCUCACUUCUCCCUCUUUCUCGUUUUUGGAAAAAGCACUGUUUACUUGUGCAUUUUGUAAAUGCCUUUAAAAACGCUGUGGAGUGUUAGAUUAAUGCUUUCCGCACAAGUAGCAGGAAGCUUGGUGGCCUGAUGGAGGUUGGUGGGAGGUGUUAAAUAAAGUGGAAUGAUUGGGAAAAUACCAACAGUGUCCUUUUCAUUCUGAGGGAGGACGGUAAUUUCAUUCAAAUGGCAUCCAUCAUGCAGUGUGCAGGAAAGCUAAAUAACUAAAACCAAAGGCCCUGUUUUUGUCAGAAAAUGUUUGAGGGGGGCUAAAUUGCGUUGAUGGCUUUUAGCAACAUGGAGUUAAACACCUGAUUUGUCAAAACAAGAUCUGGUUAAAUCUUCCUGAGGACAGAGCUGGGCUGCAAUCUAGCUAAGCUUAAGAGCAGAAAUGGAGCGGUCGUCUUUGUAUAAAAUUGUAGAAAAGCUAUUUGUCUUUACUGGGGUGCCAUCAAAAAAUAUGCUUCUAUAUUGGUACAAAACAAAUGAGUAUAUUACUGCUUGUGCUUUCUUUUACUGUUCAUAUCUGAGCACUGUGCCUGCAGCAUUUAUUUCUCAAAUGUGUAGCUUUGAUCAAAAAGCUUCUUAUAUGUUAGCAUUUCAAACAUACAAUAUGGCAUACACUGCAGUGCAAAACAUUUCAUUCAUGUUUUCUGCCUAAUCAUUGUGUUCAUUUACUGAUGCUUACUUCUAUGUGGAACUAUAAGUGCAGCAAGUCAACUCUUCAAUGCAUUUUCCUACUGUGGAAAGGAUCGUGCAACACUGCCUCUUUAUUACUGCCUCUUUAUUAUGACACUACCCACUUAAUGUAAAUGCAAGACAACUGAGCUUCCCCCACCCCUCUGAUGAUGUUAUCGAAGUAAAAGAAAUCCUGAUUUUGUAUUAAUGGCAUUGCUCAUUUAAUUUUUUUUAGCAACCCAUUAGAACCUGAGCUUUGGGUUUUCUGGUCAAGCUGUCCAUAAAAACCAUUUAUUUCUCAGCUUUUGACGCAUUUACAAACAAACUCUGCAAAGUUAUAAACGUCAGCUUUUAUUGUGAAUUACCAAUCUCUCAAUGUUGUUUUUUUUCCCCUAGUUAUUUAAUAGUUAAUCUGUAUUGAAAAUGUUAGUUUUUCAGUUUAAGGGUAAAGUUCUUGUGUGGAUGGGAGUCGUAUACAAAUGUAAAAUGUAUAUUUAGUGUUACUUUUACAGCAAUAAUGUUGAAUUUUAUGUCAGAUACUUGUAUUCAUAUAAGCACUUUUUAAUUCCAGACUUUUGUAUCUAUACCAAAGACAUCGAAUGGGGUUUCUUUCAUAAAUAAUUUUUUUUUGUAACUAAUACAUUCAUAUCUCACAAAACAAUCAUAACCUGUCUUUGUUUGCACCGCUGUCAUCACUUGUAUAUGUUCU